AUUGAAAAUAGAAGGAAAUUUGCUGUUUGAAACUUCCCUCUAGGUUACUUAUAAUGUAAUAGAAGCAAACCCAUAAUAGACAUUUACCCCCUCACUCUCUCAGCUACUCUCAAUUCACUCAUUUAUAAGCUUUAGUAUCCUGGCAACAAUGCAAGCACAAUGGUCAACGGUUAGAACUUGUGUAUGAGUAGGAUACUUCGUAUACCCCCCAAGGUGGAAAUGUCCUUAUGAGCCAAUUACGGGUCGAAAACUAUUAUCGCGAACACCUAGCAACUAGACUUGAGUACGAUUCUAGCGUACCUGCCCAGAUAUCUUACGUUGGGCAGUUACGUUAUCAUGGAAAACAUAUAAUACAAUACCUAUUCCGGUGCACUAUAGUUCAAUAUCAAUACGCAAUGGGUUCAACAAUAGACGGAGAGUUUCCUAGUUCCCUCAGAGCUCUCUUCCCAAGCCGUGUAGACCCGACGGAGUUCCAUCUCGGCACGCAUGCGCACGAUUUGCGAUUUGCGGUGGUUAUGGACGCAAUAUCCAGGAAGAGGUCCCUUUUUGUCCUGUAUGACGGGUCUACCGAUAAUGGCAGUGUCUUGGUAAAGGUUGGCAAGACGCAUAAUCACCUCACGACUUACAACACCGGAGUCAAGGCUGGUGAUACCACAACAACCUUGACCUACCGCACAGACGACGCGCGAGUAUAUAGGUUCUCAUUGGACCUGAGAGGGUCACGCCCGGAGAAGUUUGAGUGGCGACCCACUGAAGGCAACGAGGUGCACGCCAUGUUCGACCAUGCGAAGGGGUUUAAGUUAGUACGGCUUCGAAGUAAGGGCCCUGGAAACGGGAAGGGAGGAAAGCGAGCUGAAAGACACAUUGAUGAAACCAGCGACGGAAAAGAAGUGGUGGCUGUCUGGGCAACUCAAAGGAACAUCUUGAUGAGAUUCGUGCCAACUCUCAAGCCGUUCAAGUUUGAGUUGCGCGCAAGCGGCAAGACUGGAGAGUUGGGAGAUGAUUUUGCCUAUGUAGCGCUCGCAACCGCCCUCAAGAUUUGGUCAUUCGAGGCGCAAGGCAUCUCAGGCCUUCCGUUGAUGGAGUCGCUCGUUAGUUGAUGGCUGAUUAUUUGGUUUCGGGAAACAGGAUAGGGGCUCUAGGAGGAAAUACCAUCAUGAUGACGUUCUAAUUCUACGAGUGAACUUUCAAGAGGUUCCAUAUCGCAAACCGAGGGCGUCAGGGGUCACUUUUCA